AUGGUGGCGUUGGUAAGCGAUUCUGAUGCUUGUAAAGCCUGGCGUAGUCGUGAUCGUCUGCAUUCCUCGCUGAUAUCUAUAUUUCCUGCUGCAGUAAUAGGCAAACCAGUCACUGUAACGCUUUUAGAUGAAACACGUAUAACUGGACGUUUAUCUUCAUGUGAUGGAUUGAUGAAUUUAGAAUUGGACAGUGGUGUUAUAGUAAGAAAUCCGAUUACAGAUGGACCGAAUGAAUUCACUCAACUUGAUAAAAUGACAAUAUUUGGUCAAAGAAUACGUUAUAUAACUAUGCCAAAGGUAGAUAAUCUUCCUGAAGUAAUUACUAAAUGGGAGGCUAAAACUAGCAAUAACGAUGGAAUACUUACGUCUAGACCGCGAAAAGUUUUAAAAGAAAACCAAUGCACACAGAAUAAUGAAAGUGAAGUAUGCCAUUCAAGUGUCAAUCAGACAGCUAAAAAACUUUCAUCUGUUGUUCAAAGCAUUUAUAGUCAAUCAGGAAAUGUUGCUGAGGAUAGUGAGAAUAAUGCAUAUCUAGAUGAAGAAGAUUUAAGAAAUUUUGCAUCUAUCGGUGCAGAACCAAGCGGUGAUAAGAAAAUCGAUUUAAUUAUGGCUCAGACACUGAAAGUAAUUUAUGGCGAUCUAUAAAUCAUUAUACUACUACUACUACUAGUAAUAAUAAUCAGUGACGCUAUCAAGGAAGCGUGAAUGUUGCAAAAGAUGCAAGAAUAUUUUUGAUAUACAUUACUAUUUCAUUUACUAUCAUUUUUAAACGAUUCAUCAGGUAGAUGAUCUUACUGUCUACUUGUGUGCAGAACUUCCUUUUUAUAUUUUGUGUAGCAUAAUUUCACAUUUUUGAAGAGUUACAAAGUCAUCGACGCAUUUUUCUAUCAUUUUAUCCUCACUUUCUUUGAAAUGAUUAUAUUGCAUUUAUCGAUAAUCCAGAGAACUAUAUGUUUAUUUUACUCUUAAAUGUUCUUUUCUCUUAUUUGAUGACUGAAACACCCCCUUAUCUACAUGUUUCAAUAACAAUUCGCUUCGUGAAACUAUUGAAUCAAAAUGUAAUUCAUUCUGCGUAAUGAAGAGUUAGAUAAAAACGAAUUGAAUGAUGC